CAGUCCAGCCUUCUGCUCAUCUCAUGCUGCAUCUAGCGCCCACUCCAACAGACCAUUGCUGGAGGUGGCAGGGUGCUGCUUGUCGCAUGGGCGCCGCUUCCUUGCGAUCUCUUGCUCGGCGCGCAUAGGAUCCGUGAGCACCGCGCCACGCGGAACCUGUCCUGCCGACCUGCUGUUGAUGCGUGGAUAGCAGCACCAGUCAUAGAUACUGUAUCAACACCGACCUCCGACCGUGAGGUGUUUCCGUGCGGCGGGGCAAACGACUAUUGAUGCUAGUUUUUCUGUCAAGGCACCCACUACAACGAUGCAUAAUGCCGACAUGCGCGGAUGAGUGAUGCCGCCGUGCGUUCCUGGACGUUCAAAUUAGAGAUCAAGCGCGACAUCGGCGGCAGCCAAGGUUAACACCAGACUCAGCGAGAUUGCAGGGUUGUUUAUAUUCAAUAUCGAGUCUGUUUCUAAAUCGGCCAUGGGAACACCAGCCUUUCCCGAUCUGGGCAAGCACUGCUCGGUGACGUCAUGCCAGCAGAUCGACUUUCUGCCCUUCACCUGCGACAAGUGUCGCAUGGUCUUCUGCCUUUCGCACCGCAUGCCGGCGUCGCACGAGUGCCCGCGUGCGACGGUCGGCGACGCUGUGGUGCUGCUGUGCCCGCUGUGCGCCAAGGCCGUGCGAUUGGUGGGCGACGAGGAUCCAAACGUAACGUGGGCGCGGCACGAACGGUCUGGAUGCGAUCCAAGUAACCUUCAAAGAGUGGCGAACAAGCGCCGGUGUGCGGCACAGGGGUGCAAGGAGGUGCUGUCCCCCGCCAACACCGUCACCUGCCGCGACUGCACCCGCCAAACCUGCCUGCGCCACCGCUUCGGUGCUGACCAUGCGUGCUCGGGCAGCCAAAAAAACUCGCAGCCCGUUUCGUUCUGGGCAGCUGGUGGGGCGUACAGCGAGAAGCUGAUGGCAGGCAUGCAAGGGGCAAUGGCUGGGCUGAUGGCGCCUUCUAGUGCUGCUGCUGCUGCUGCUGGUAGCAGUAGUGGCAGCAGUGGUAAGGGAAAAGCAGGCAGCAGAAAUAGCAGCACGGGGAACAGGACGUCGAUCACUAGCAGCACGGCCAGAGCAAGCAGUGCCGGUGCUGGCGGCAGCGGUGUUGGCGCUGCAGCUAGUGAUCUCAACACGGUGCGAGGGACAGCGGCCAGGCGUCAGAAACAGGGCACAGGGCAAGCGGUAUCGGGGGCAGGCGCUCAGGCAAGAGGGGGGUCAGCAGAGCAGCAACAACCAGGUGCAGGCGUAGCCAGGGCUGGAGGGGGGGUUGGUGGUGGGGCGGAGGUUUGUCCUCAGUGUGGGGCCAGGUUUGGGGAUGCUGUAGCACUAAUUAACCAUGUGGAGACUGUGCAUGCACAUGGAGGGACAGGUGUCAGUGUGAAAUUUGGCGGUAGUGCUGGGCCCGGCAGCUUAGCAGCAGGGGGGAGCAGAAGUGGUGCAACUCGAGCAGGUGGUGGUGGCCAAGGGCCUGAGCUGUGCCCGAGGUGUAAUAAACGCUUUCCGGACCCCGUUGCUUUGGUUCGACAUGUUGAGAGAGACCAUGAAGGGGCGGCUGGGACCGACAAGUGCACAAUCUGCUGAACUGCAGAGGGUGUGCAUGGGAAAAGCUACAAGCGAAUUGUGACUGUAGUUAGAUGUCAUCAUUCUCUAUGACAAAGCUCUUAGCAGGAUUGUACUGCAGUGUUUUGCCCUGAGCUUGUGAGUCAAAGCGAAUCGUCUCAAAGGAACGGAUUUUUUUGGGUUGCGUAGCAACCCUAAAAAAUCGGUUUCACAUUU